AACAGGACGCAGAUGUUUGACGUCAUCGUUCAGUGGGUUUCUCUUCCACCUUUAAGUUCAUAAAGACGCUCGGUCAAACUUUUAAAGGUAGUGUGCGACGAAAUGUUUCCACACGCUCAUCGACCAAACUUUAUGUGGUAAACGUAUUGCUUGAAGUAGGUGCGACAAGUGCGAACAUGUUAGCAUCGAAAGCAACGAAGCGUCAACGAGCAAGCGAACGCUCUCGAGCCUCCCUUCGAAACUUUAUCGAAAGACUGCCAUAUGAGAUCCAGAAUAAGAUCCUGUCCUACUUGGAUGCUGGCACACUAAUCUGCAUCAGCCACGUUAGUAAGACCUUCUAUCAACUUGCCAAUGAUGAGGUAUUACGGAGGAAUAUAUACAAGCGGCAGCUGAUGAAGAAGGCAAUGAAGAUGGUUGGGGAGAUGCUGGAGAUGACCACUUUGGAGUCUCAGGAUCAACCUUCGGGUUACUGGAAGCUCAGUUAUUUGAAAGCUCUGAGUGCGUGGAAUCAGAGCGAGCACUCCAUUUUGACUUCCACGCCGCUCGCUGUGAUCCAGAGGGAGUUAGUAAAAAAUGUAUGCUUUAUUAUCUUACAUAGCAGACAUGUAACCUGGGAGCUGACGGUCAUGGACAAAUCCAAAAAAGAAGCCACAUACGAUCUGGCCUGGUUCCAGUUCUUUGAGACCUCCAUGGUACUGUGCUGGAACGGAAGCCUCUGGCCCGACUUGGAUCAGAUUUCCACCAUUCGGCUCCACGGCGUCCGCAGAGUUGCCCUCGCCUGCCCCGGACUCAAGGUACCCGGUUGGAGAUCCCUCAUGGAUGUGGUGGACAUGGAGCGUGCGAUCAAAAACAUGCAGGACUUCGGCCAGGACCACCAUGUUGAAUUGAAGCUGGUAAAGUCUGACAUGGUGGUGGGGCUUUGGAAGGAGCAAGGCAGCGUCGCCUUUGUCACAUUCACCCUCCACUUGUAUAGGCUGCUGGAGAGAAGUACCCAGGGAAGCUCUCUUAGUCCCCACGUGGAGCCCAUGGUCCAAGCCCCGUUUGAUGACAUCGACCAUGAUUACGGUCUCCAUGGUUACCAGCUCCACAUCGCUCUCCACAGCACUGAAUAUGAGAUUAUGUCUGGAAGUUUCCCUGAGUUAUUCUGCCGAAGAGAUGAGAUCUGCAACGGCCAUAUCCAACUCAUUGCCGUUCAUGACAGCCGCUUAUCACAGCAUGUAGCUUUGUCAGGAAACGUCACCCUGCCCUGGAGGUGCGAGGCCCUGCGAGGUGAAGUAAAGAAUGGCUGUAUCAUGAUUCUCACUCUUCUCAAUGAGGGCGACAAACCCUUUUGGUGCGUCAGCUCACCGGUUGCCACAAAGCAUCUCGAGAAGCCCUAUUCACUGUAUUACGCCGCCCAACACUUCCAAAUCCACUAUCAGGAUUCUGAGGGUCAAGUGUUGAUGAAAUUUGGACAGAUGGACCCGCAGGAACCGUUUUUCCUUGUGAGUUUAGUCGUUUAUUUGACAACCGAUAAAGUCAACAAGCACUUCCAACAAGAAUUCUGAACAUGUAUUGUUUGAUAUUAAUUGGAUUGAAUUUAAAUCAUAUUCAGUUUUCUGAGCGAGUGUCAUGCUCGCCUUGGAAAAAAAAAAUAUUCUCCAAUGUUGGGGCUGAUGAUUACAGACAAUAUAUAAUAUAAAUCUUUGAAAAAAAAUACACGACGCUUUAUUAAAAGCAUCUCUGGCUAAUUUUUGUCCCCUGUGAAAGAGCAGACAGUCCUUUUAUUGGAAUCAAAUCAAGAAAUGCUUUUUGGAAUAUGUGCCUGUAAAUUAACGAGGUUCAAAAGCAUGACGUCUGAGCAUUGAUCACUCGGGAAGCCCCACCACUCCAUCAAAUCAUCUCUCCAUUGUAAGGGCCAUUAAUGCAACACCCAUUAACGAUGUUAGCCGUCAAUUUUCUUGGGCUAUCUUUAAUAUCCAUUUAGCCAUGAGUGUCAAAAGUAAAUGGAAAUAUGUCGAGAAUUUCUGGCAUCCGGCAAUUUAAUAUUAGGGCAUUAACUCGGAGAGCCGCCAAAUGACUUGAAAAUUGCCGAGUCAUUGUUUUUUGAACGGUGAUGUACUUUUGGUGACAUUUGUUUAUUUGAUUUAAGACGUGGCGGCUAUGAACAUGUCAUCACAAUGUGUUGUAUAUUAUGAAUGGUAAUAUUUGUCACUCUGUAAACAUACUUUGAGUGUACAUUGUGAUAAGAAGCUUCAUUGUCCAUCGUAAAAAAAACAUACAUAGAAUAUCAUGCACAUCAAAUUAGUUGUAACAGUUUAAGCACUAUAGAAAAUGGAUGGCUUGAAUCUUUUUUUAAUUUUAAUUGGAACCAUAGCUUAUUAAUGGAUGGUGAAAGUGACCACACGAGGACAGUAAAGCACCUUUUGGCUCUCUUAUAGAGUGAUGGAGGAAUGGAUAGUCAGGCAGACCUACAGACAGACAGAGAUAGAAUGUCAAGUCAGUUGCCAUGGUAACAUGUGAUGCAUUUUUGACUUCCUGAAACUGGGAAUCAAAAGUAAGAUGGAGGCCCGCAGCAAUAAUGCUCAGUUUGAUUUUGAGAAGUGUCCAUUAGCAUUUCCUCAAUUAUGCAUUUCAACCUUGGUGAGUAUAAUGUCGACCCCUUAUGAAUUCACUAGUGUCAAUAUUCUGCUUAGCUCAUUCGUUUCAGAUCAGAGCACACCAGGUUUCUCCAGGUGCUACAUGCAAGGAUGAGAAUUUUCCGCAGAUCCGCGGAUUUCCGUGGUUUUUUCCGUCGAAAAUAUUUUCGUGAAUCGUGUAAAUCCGUUGAGAAAAUAUAGUAUAUUUUUUUAUAUA